GUUGAUUGGCUAGAAUCUUAAAAUAGUUUUAUUUUUUUAUAAAAUUCUUUUUAGCUUUGUCAAAGAAAUGAAUCAAACAAGUACAAAUACCUCACUAAAGAUAUGAAUAGCAUUAUCAUAUAAGUUACUCCUAAGUUUGAUUAAACAAUUCGCAUGCACUAAAAGCUCGAUCAAUAAUCAAAGACCCGCCACUUCAAAAGGUUACAACAAAACCUUCAAUGUUCGUUCUUAUUCCUCAACAUGCAAUCUUUUCUGCGAUAGUCGCAUAUAAAAGAAUAUAAAGAGCUUUAAUUCAAAUACCUGGGAACUAUUUUGGUAUUCAUUGAUUACAGUUUUAGGAUUUAUUGGAAAUGGCGUUGUAAUGAUUGUUAUAAUCUUUUCUAAAAAUAUUAAUCGCACAUCUUUAUUUCAUAUUGCCAUAUUUUCAUUAGCCCUUGCUGACUUUAUGGUAUGUUUAUUAAGCUUACCAACUUAUAUAAUGUCAACUGAUACUUUUCAAAGUUAUCAUCCUCAAAACAUUAGUGGUGAUUUAAUGUGUAUAUUUAUUACCGGUUAUUCUUUACCGUAUUGGUUUAUUGAUGCUUCAGUUUAUUUACUCGUAUUUAUUUCAAUUGAAAGAUGGAACGCAAUAUUGUAUAAAAAUUGUUUAUUGCCUCAACUAAAAUCUACAAAGUCUAAAAUUGCAACAAUGGUUUUAAUUUUCUUCCUUGCUUUAAUCACAGAAUCUUUAUGUGCAGCCUUUUUUGUAUAUGAUCCGAACAAUAAGCAAUUUGGAAACUUUUGUAAAUAUUUUUUAGACAAAACUUACGAUAAAAUUAUCCUUACACUCGUUAUUUUUAUUUUAGACACUGUAAUACCAGUUAUUAUUGUUUCUUAUUGUUUUUACAAAAUCUCUUUGUUUCUUAAAACAACUGGAAAUUUUUUAGGAAAAUCUAUGAAAGUCAAUAAAGUUGAUGUUAUACAUACUCGAAAAGUCAAAACAAUAAAGACAAUCAAAAUAUUAGCAGCUGCUUUUUGCAUUUGUAUUUUACCAAACAGAAUACUUUUAGUGCUCAGUUCUUUAAAAAUCGAAAUGUUGAAAUGGAAUAACUGGAUCUCCCAAGUUUUUGUUUUAAUGCGAUUAUCAAAUUCUUUUAUAAACCCUCUGAUAUUCUGUUUUGAGAGUAAGCAAUUUAGAACAAAUUUGUCAAUAGUGUUUAACCGGUUUUACAAAAAAAAAUCUACAACCUCAAGCGUAAGAAAACAACAACUAAACGGCUACGAAAAGUUGCCAGAUUUGACUUUUUAAUAAUAACACCAAAUAAGAUUGAACCAAUGAAAAUUCAAAUAAAAGACUAAUUGAAACGGAACAGUCAUACGUAGCGCUUUUUUAUUUUAACGCAAUAAAUUUUUAAGUGAUAA